CUAAUACACAUCCUUAUUAUUCACGUCCUAAAAUUGGUGUUAAACGUCGAUCAUCAUUUUCAGAAAGUUCAGUAGAUAAUUUUCAUGAAAUUAUGCCAAGACAGAAAUCAGUGACAUUUCAAAAACCUACUGCUGAUACUACAGAUGAAAGUGAAACUGAUUUUAACUAUGAUGAUGAUGGUGAUAUUGGGGAUUGUCCAACAUCAUCUUCAGAAUUCUCCAGCCAAUAUGAAUAUUUCCCUGACAAGAAAAGAAUACAAAAAGUAGAUUCUGAAAGUGGUGAUUCUGAAUUGUCUGAUUUUUUGGAUACCAUCAUACCAGAUGAUGAAUUAUCCAGUGUUUAUUCAUCACAAGAUCAAAGCGCGAAUAAAGAGAAUCAUUAUCAACAACAUUCAUAUUUUUCAAAAGAUGAUAGUGAUUUACUAAUUAACAAACGUAUAUCACCAGUUUUGCCAUUAUCUGAAGCUGAACGACGUAUUCAACGAUUAAAUGAAUUGCCAAAAUUAAUACAAGCAGAACGUGUAGUUAUUUUACAAGCUAGUUCAGCAUUACAACAGAGUGUCAGUAUUACUUAUCGAAAAAAUCCUGAAGACUGUGAUAGACUACGUGAAUUGGGUCCAGGUUCUCGGGUUCAUGUAGAAGCUAGCAGAACAAUGCUAAUAGCUUGUCAACGACGUCAAGUAUUGAUGGAAGAACUUGCCUUAUUGCAUCGAGGUUCUCCAGUUCUUGUACCACCUGCACGUGGUGAUCCUAUACGUGCUCGUAUGAAACUAAGCGCUAUUCGUUUAUCUCUUAAAACUUCGAACAUACCGAAUGAUCCUACAAGUGGAGGUGGUUAUGUUGUUGUUGGUGUUGGACGUGAAGCUGGUGGUUGGAAUGUUCCUACUUUGAAAUCACGUACUGACAAUCAUUUAGGUCAACCAACAUGUUAUCAUUUAAUUGCUGUCAUCAAAUGCCGUGGUGAAGGUCGGUUGUAUCACAGUGAACUAGUGACCUUGAUGCAUGUGAGUGACUUACCUGUUGGGAUGUACCGACCUGCUCCUUAUGUAGAUCUGCCAGCAAAACUAGAG